UCUACCCAAGACUGCUGGUCUACCGAGGAGCGAAGACAUUCCCGACAACCAAAAUUAGCGCGCUUUAACUGGGUAAUUCUUCUGGUCUAAGCCGCCGAAAGGCCCCCGCGGGGCGUGCGCCCACCAACGCGCUUGCGCGUUCCACUGCACCGCGUGGUCAAGCAGCGGCUCCCGCGCUUCCCGCUUAAUUUUGGUCCGAGAUCAUGGGUGACGACGAGCCAAUGACGGACCCGAACGCUAAGGCCGUGACCGUUGCGGGUCCUUCCGACGCUGGUGAUGGCGCCGUGGAUCUGAGCGUGCACCCUUCCGGCAUUGUGCCCCAGUUACAGAACAUUGUCGCCACUGUCAACCUAGACUGCAAGCUGGACCUGAAAACCAUCGCGUUCCAUGCCCGUAACGUGGAGUACAACCCGAAGCGUUUUGCGGCGGCGAUUAUGCGUAUUCGUGCGCCGAAGACCACCGCGCUCAUCUUCAGCUCGGGCAAGAUGGUGUGCACGGGAGCCAAGACAGAGGCGCUCGCGCGGGAGGCGGCGCGCAAGUACGCCAAGGUUAUCAGCAAGCUCGGGUUCCCGGCGCAGUUCAAGGACUUCAAGAUUCAGAACAUGGUUGGCUCGUGCGACGUCAAAUUUCCCAUCCGCCUCGAGGGUCUCGCGUGGUCCCACGGGCACUUCGCUCAGUACGAGCCCGAGCUGUUCCCGGGUCUGAUCUACCGCAUGCAGAUGCCGAAGAUCGUUCUGUUGAUUUUCGUCUCCGGAAAGAUCGUGCUGACUGGCGGCAAGAACCGCGACGACAUCUACAAGGCGUUCGAGAACAUCUACCCGGUGCUCACCGAGUUCAGGAAGCUUCCAAACCCGAACGAUGAGGACGUGCUGGCGCAGCUCGCCGCUCCCUCUGCGGCGGGCGCCGCGGCGCUGCCGGCACCGUGAGAGUCGAUGGGAAAACGGUCGGGCGUCGGGGUUCACAAACGAGAGUAGCCGCCUGAGAGGAAGGGCGGAUUGGAUUGGCAGGGAGGGUGCCAGAACCAACGCACACGGCGUGGGCACACGCGAAAACUUAGGAAAAUAGACAAAAAAAAAGAGAGCGAGACGGGACGUCUCCGAUAGGUUAACUCAUAUUUUAGCAUUCGUUUCGGAAGUGUGUCCGUUUAUACAGAAGAGGACUUCCUUGUCA